AUGUCUGGUGGACUAAUAUUGACAAAGACAUUAACUGAAAAUUGUGAUGUGUGCAAAAUUGCAAAUCCUGUUCACGCACGUGAAUACGUAAGCUGGCCUGAAGCUGAUCGACCUUGGGAGAGAAUACAUAACGACUUUGCUGGUCCAUUUUGUAAUUCAAUGUGGCUAAUUUGUGUCGACGCUUUCUCGCAAUUUCCGUUCGUUGUACAACUAUCUACAAAAACAACGGUUGACACCAUAUCAGCAUUGUCUUCUAUAUUUUCUCUGGAAGGUAUACCAAAAACCAUCGUAAGUGACAAUGGUCUGCAAUUUACAGCUCAAGCAUUCAAACAUUUUUGCUCAAAACUUGGCAUCAAACAUAUAACAACAGCGCCGUUUCAUCCAGCCUCAAAGGGGUUAGCCGAACGAUUCAUCAAGAAUGAGGUGUGA